CACGUUGUUACCGGCGUCGAGUCAAAGGUCAAAACUCAACGCUCCAAUGUUGUGAACGAAGUGGAAACUGUUGGGAAAACAGCUGAGAAAAGCUAACUUACUUCAUAUUUAACCUUAGAUAAUAAUUCGAUUCAUGCUUUUACGAUCAGUAAGACUUAUGUAUUUUUUUAGUUGAUCGAGGUCAAUUUUGUUUAGCUGUAUAACUUACUUUUACGAUGACUUUGCUGACAAGCUAGCUAGUAAGCUAACUAGCGCGAGCUAAUAGCAUUUGCUAACUGUUAGCUUGCUGCCCAUAUCUGCACUCCUGUGGAGUUAGUGGAAAUGUAUCUAGCUUCUUUUUAAGUAUGUAACUGAAUAACGCAACAUACGUGCAAUUACAAAAGACUACGUGCAAGCACUGAUUUAUCAUUUUGGUCACGUAGCUAAAAGCUAGCUAUCAACAACAUAGGUACGAUGACACUUGCCCCGAAGGAGCUGUCCAACCUCUUGGGAAUCAUUUCCGAGGAAGCUUGCACCAACACUUUUGAAAGUCUAUCAACCGCCUUUCAUCAUUACUUCGCGAAGGCCGAACAUUUCCGAGUAGGAUCGGUUUUGGUGAUGCUGCUGCAACAGCCGGACCUUCUGCCAAGCUCUGCCCAGCGCCUGACAGCCCUCUACCUCCUCUGGGAGAUGUACCGCACAGAGCCACUGGCCGCCAAUCCCUUUGCCGCUGUCUUUGCUCACUUGCUGAACCCCUCACCAGUUGGGGAGGAGCAGGAGAAACAACUGUCUGGCUUCCUGCCACCCAUUACACAGCCCGAGAAGUUCUUCCUCUCCCAGCUAAUGCUUGCGCCUCCAAGGGAACUCUUCAAGAAGACCCCCAGACAGGUGUCUUGCAUGGAUGUGGAGAACAUGCCACAGUCCAUAGACAUUAGUGGGCUGCAGUUGGCAUUGGCAGAGCGCCAGUCAGAGCUACCCACCCAGAGUAAGGCCAGCUUUCCCAGCAUCCUCAACGACCCGGACCCAGAUUCUUCCAACUCUGGGUUCGACAGCUCAGUGGCCAAUCAGAUCACAGAGUCUCUGGUCACUGGGCCUCGACCUCCACUGGAGAGUCACUUCCGUCCAGAGUUCAUCCGGCCGCCCCCUCCCCUGCACGUUUGUGAGGACGAGCUGGCGUGGCUAAACCCCACGGAGCCCGACCACAGUGUGCAGUGGGAUCGCUCCAUGUGUGUGAAGAACAGCACGGGCGUGGAGAUCAAACGCAUCAUGGCCAAGGCCUUCAAGAGCCCACUGUCUGCCCAGCAGCAGUCACAGGUGAGUAGACAGCUCCUGAGUGAGCUGGAGAGGGAUCCUAAGCUGGUGUACCACAUCGGUCUGACCCCGGCCAAGCUGCCUGACCUGGUGGAAAACAACCCUCUAGUGGCCAUCGAGAUGCUUCUAAAACUGAUGCAGUCCAGCCAGAUCACUGAGUACUUCUCCGUCCUGGUCAACAUGGACAUGUCCCUGCACUCCAUGGAGGUGGUCAAUAGGCUAACCACUGCUGUGGACCUCCCUCCAGAGUUCAUUCACCUGUACAUCUCCAACUGUAUCUCCACGUGUGAACAGAUCAAAGACAAGUACAUGCAGAACCGCCUGGUGCGCCUGGUGUGUGUGUUCCUGCAGUCUCUGAUCCGGAAUAAGAUCAUAAACGUGCAGGACCUGUUCAUCGAGGUGCAGGCCUUUUGCAUUGAGUUCAGCCGCAUACGGGAGGCAGCCGGCCUCUUCCGCCUCCUCAAGACCCUGGAUACAGGAGAAAUCCCCCCUGAGGUCAAACCUGCCAAAUAAUGCUUUCAUAGUACAUAGAACCUGGCAGUAGCCUGACGUGCCAAAUAACGCCCCCCAGGUAUUAAGCCCACAGAGGCACAACCCGCUAAAUAGCGCCCCAACCAAGAGAUACUGACCAAGACUGUAUAACCACCCAGACAAUCCUCACAAUCUCGCCUGGAGUCCGGCUUUGAACUCAGUUACUGUUUUUCCUCUCUCUUUUCUGGACAAAGAUGGACAUAUUUU